UGAUCUUUUAAAGGAUCCUGUGAUGAUCCAGAGCCUGGCUUGUCUCCAGGAGUCUCUCAGUGACCUGAGCAGCAGCUACAGCUCUGCUGGCCUCUGUGUUCACCCUGCAGGAGACGUGGAGACCCGCGCUCACCUUCUGCAGCACUUAGACACAGUUGCAGUGACGGAAGGAGGUUUCCUCUGCUGGUCUCAGACAGCAGCAGAAACAUCAGCCUCCCUGUCAGUGGAGAUCAGUUCUUAUGUGCUGUUGGCCAAACUCGGCGCCUCCCCGACUGCUGAGGAUCUGGGAUAUGCCUCUGGUAUUAUCAGGUGGCUGACUGAGCAGCAGAACUAUUAUGGAGACUUCUCCUCCACUCAGAACAGCCUUCUGUGCACCAACUACACGUAACAGCCUGUAAAUAACAGCUCAGCUGCAGUCUGUAAGUUUAUACCUGUGAUUUCUCUACUUUGUUUCUCUGAGAUCAUCUCUGUUAAACAUAUGUAACCUGUUUAACCUUUA